AUGGAAAGCCAAAGAUUCAAAGUUGAUGCUGAUGCUUUGGCUAUAUUGGUAGCAAUGUUCAAGUUAAAUCAAAAUGCUAAAAUCCAACCCAUUAAGUUGAGCUUGCGAGAGAAACUAGCCCACUGUUUAAAUGUUGAGAAAGAAGUUAAUGGAAAACCAUGGUAUUUUGAUAUAUUACAACAUAGAAGUCGAGACCAAACACCAUUAAGAUGUGUGAAUGUUGCUGAAGCUAAAAAGUUGCUAGAAGAAAUCCAUAGAGGUAUUUGUGAAACUCAUGCAAAUGGUAACAUAAUGACUAAGCAAAUCACGAGAGCAUGA